AAAAAGUAAAGAAAGAAAUGAUUGAUUUUUUUUUCAUUGCUUCAAUUAUUAUCAAGAAGUUUUUUUUAAAUAUUUGUUCAUCUUCGUGGAUUGUUAAAGGUUUUAGGAUAAUUUUCUGUAUCAGCUAUUUUCUUUGGAAGGAUUCUGUAAUAAUUACAGAGAAACAAAAAUCACCACAGAGUUACCCGCAAGUGUUCAGAGGACAACCAGGAUCUGCUCUUUGGAUUGGAAUUUAGAAACAAAAAAAAUUCAGUUGCGAAUUUUGUAUAUGAGAUAAUGUGUGUGUUUUCUGUGCCUGACUACCGCGGUUUGUGAUUCUGGUGGAUUAAAAAGGAACAUUUAAAGCCAGGUAAUUCAUUUCGCUGAGGAGUUCUGUCAUUUUGAUAAUAUUUGAGUUAAACUUUAAAACAAUCCAGUUGACCAAAAUAUCAGCCCACUUUUGGACAGUCGGUUGGCACACUGGCAUUAACGUAACUUGUAUGCGGAUAAAAUAUGUUGAUUGGUUAUUUCAUUUCUAAGAUGACAACCACCCAGUAAAAGCUUACACCCGAUGGAUUAUUCUAGCAACCAUGUUACGACAUUCUCUAGUAGCGACGUUACGACAAUCCUGGUAUUGAAAAGUUUAAACUGAUUUGUAUUACAACAGCCUACGAGGAAUACAAUUCUGGAAAAUCAUGCAAGCCUCAGGCAUGGUGAGACCUCCGCCAACAGUCAGCUUAACGUGCCCGUUCCUUCAGUCAGACACGGUCACUGGUGUCGAGUCCAUUCCUUUUGGUCAGUACGGAGUCGACUGGCAUCACCCCAUAUCUGGACGACUGCAGUUCACACCCCUCGAUACCCGGGGGGCCUUUUUGAGACUCCAGGGCCAGGGGCGCAGGGAGACGGCCCGUUGUCGUAUCCGACGUCCCAUGAACGCUUUCAUGGUGUGGGCCAAAGAUGAAAGGAAACGACUGGCUGGUGAGAACCCCGACAUACACAAUGCUGAACUGAGCAAAAUAUUGGGUGAGUAUCACUUUGCACUCAACAUAUGUUUAAAGAAAAGAUUCAACAUUUUUAAAUAGUGAUCUUAAUUUGUUGUUUUUUAAAGACAUAAAAUGAUCUUUAAAUCAGUUAGCCUAUCUUGGAAAGAUCUUUAAAUCAGUUGGCCUAUCUUGAAAGGAUCUUUAAAUCAGAAGACAUUUCUUGAAAUGAUCUUUAAAUCAGUUGGCCUAUUUUGGAAAGAUCUUCUUAAAAUCUCUCUGGCUUUGUUGUGCAGUGUACAACAGUGGAAAUGUUUUUCGUAUUUUACUAUAUACUGACUUAUUCUUAUAAUUGGAUUUUAUAUUUUUAGAUAGAAUAAGUGAGUGGUCUCUUAAUAGGCUCUGAAUUUAUUGAUAAAAUUUAGUCUGAGACAUAUCCUAGACAUGAUACAAUUUAGUCUGAGACAUAUCCUAGACAUGAUACAAUUUAGUCUGAGACAUAUCCUAGACAUGAUACAAUUUAGUCUGAGACAUAUCCUAGACAUGAUACAAUUUAGUCUGAGACAUAUCCUAGACAUGAUACAAUUUAGUCUGAGACAUAUCCUAGACAUGAUACAAUUUAGUCUGAGACAUAUCCUAGACAUGAUACAAUUUAGUCUGAGACAUAUCCUAGACAUGAUACAAUUUAGUCUGAGACAUAUCCUAGACAUGAUACAAUUUAGUCUGAGACAUAUCCUAGACAUGAUACAAUUUAGUCUGAGACAUAUCCUAGACAUGAUACAAUUUAGUCUGAGACAUAUCCUAGACAUGAUACAAUUUAGUCUGAGACAUAUCCUAGACAUGAUACAAUUUNUUUUUGUUUUAUUUCUGUUUUUUUUUUUUUUUAUUUAUUUAUCUAUUUGUUUAAAAUUAAUUAAUUAAUUAUUUUGUUGUCCUUUGGGGAUGUGCCCGCUCUCGUUGCCCCCGGACUGCGCUAUUCAGCAUAGAAUGAUAACACUAAGUAAUGUGUGAAUUAUUGUAACAGCGUUGAGUUGGACACAUCCUUUAGAUCUGAUGGAAUAACUCAAUUGAUCUUGAGGCCUCCUUACUUUCAUUUAUUUUGUUCAAAAUCAUAAAUAUGUCAUUAUUAAUCUCUUCACGCCCCUUGGAACAACUUGCCCCAAAUCUUUCAGGAGUGCGCACCCAUCAUGGAAAUCCCUGGCUUCAAGUGCUGACCCGCUUAUCACUAACUUGUGGACGAUAUUGAAUUAAAAAUAGGAAAUAAUUGCCUGCCCUUAGAAUGAACCAUUUACUAAACUGCUUUUGAAUAUCUGUUAUCUUCCUUCUGAACAUCUAAGAAAAUGCAAUGUGUUUAAAUAGUAGACAAAGCUUACCUUAAAUAAUAAAAGUAAUGUGAUAAUAUAUAUGAUGUAUAUUAGUCAAAAUACCCGGUUUCCCUGGGGUUUGCAUUAGGAUAAAAUCUCGUAAAGGGUUUUAAGCAGAGGUGUAGUCAAAAACUAUUGACAUUUCAAUGUUCUCCUAUAAAGGACAAAGUUAGAACAACACUUGUAAACAUUGAAUUUGGGGCCCAUCACGUCUCAGUUAAUAUUCCGGGAACCGGAGUGCCUGCCAUUGUACUGAGUGCCUGCGGUUGUACUGAAUGCCUACCAUUGCACGUGUGCAAUGCAGAUUUGUUGACAGGUAUUCUGACCAGGUGUCCAAACACAUUAAUUUUCUGUCCCCAAGACUCGCACAAAAACAUACUGUGAACGAUCGUUCUCUUUCUGUGCCCCCAAACAAUGGAAUUCUCUUCCACUACACAUCCGCAAUGUACCACCCAUCACAGCCCUCAAAACUGCACCCAAAACACAUCUCUUUAAACUCUACUAUCCUGACUGAUUUCACCCCCCCCCCAAACCUUUCUAAUUCAUACACGAUGCUGCCGAGUAGCCGUCCAUGGCUUGACAUGAAAGUAGUUCUUGAAUGUCUGGAGUGAAUAUAAAUUUGUUUUGUUUUAUUUAAUUAAUUUAUGUUAAUUUUUAAGUUCAUGAUUAUGUUUGUUAAAUUAUAUGUACAGCGUGGUGAGCCCAGCCCUAUGCUGGGGUACCACGCUAUAGAAAAAAUUUACUACUACUAAUAAUAAUAAUAUACUGGCUGAUUGGGAUGGCAUCAACCAUUUUUCUUAUUUACUUGUUACGAAUGUGACACCUUCUUAUUUUAACAGCAGCUCACCUGAAAUAUCUCAUCUCGCAGGUGAAUAGUUUUCUCUCCAGACUUUUAUUCAGUGCCCAGGUUUGACAUUGUAACACUAACGUGAAAUUAUCGGAUGUCAGUAAUAUAAUUUAGGACAUAAAAUUAUUUUGUCUGGUAUUUAAGAGGCUUAUAAUAAUUGUACAACACUAAAGUAAUUAAAUUAAAAAAAGUGUAUUUUAAUAUGGACUAAUUGCCUCCAUCUUUACGAUGCGGAUAUUAUUAGUUUGAAAUCCAUUGGAUAUUAAAAAGUUUAAUUCCAAGUGAUAUUAUUAGUUUAAACUCCAGUGAAUAUAAUUAGUUUAAAUCCAGGGUAUAUUAUUACUUUGAAAUCCAGUGGCUAUCAUUAGUUUGAAAUCCAUCGGUAAUUAGUAGUUUAAAAUACAGUGGGUAUUAUUAGUUUAAAAUCCACCGAUAUUUUUAAAAGGCAAAUGAAAAAAAUAGUUUCCCAUGUUUGGCCUGGAUGCAAUCAUUUAAGUAACCGCUAUAAUUGUAACCUAAGUCUCCUUGUACUGGUUGGGCUAUUGUAAGAACAAUUCAUUGUAGAACCUCUUGCACUCAUUUGGAAAGGUCUAGAAACUUCAAAAAUAUCUUUCAAUCUGAAUUCAUAACAUUUUGGGACAGUCAUUAACACCAAUAGAAACAUAUAAUGACAUUUGUAAAUGUUAAAACCCUAUAAUAAAACUCUAACGUUCUAUAAUAAGAAGUUUCAAGAAAGUUUAAAAAAAAGAUCUAUUAACCGAUACUGUGGAAAUUCCAGUGAAAAUGAUAGAUAUCUAUCAAUCUUAACCUAAAUUUCUAUAACAUUUUAGAUCCCAAUGACAUUUUCGUAAUCUCUAAACCUAAUUGUAACGAUAAAGAACUUAUUAAAAUAUUGCAUUAUUUUUUUCCUAACAUACCGUUUGUAAAAAUAAAAAAAAUUGGGUUUGUUUGUAGUCAUUAUCUGGACAUUAAAACAUUUAAAACAAAAUGCCACAACUGCAUGACCCGGUUGACGUUUUAAUUAUCACUAAGAUAGGGUCCUAAAUAAUUCAUCAGGUAAAUAACCAAGAAAAAAAAUAAUAAAAUAUGUCCCGUUAAAAUCUAUUGAAAAAUGUAAGAGAUGUAGCGAACAUAAGGAACACGAAAUCAAUAAACAUGACCCGAACAUUUAUUUUGUUUAUGAGUUCAAAACCUUCCAGUUUUUAAUUGAGAUUUUAAAGUGCAUUUGCACCAAGUUUUGUGAACAUCUAUCCAUUAAGUGUCAUUUUAAAGUUAUGUGGCUCACAUAAGCAAAAAGAACCUACUCUUUUAUAGUUAACAGUAGUGAGUAGUAUAGCUUGGCCAGGUUGGAUAAGGAACAAACUUUAUUUAACAAAAUAUGUCCCAUAACAAUCGGUUGACGAAGGGGAAUCCCCCGACACAAAAAUGGGAAUAUUAUUAUUUUAAAAUCCACCAAUAUUUUAGAAGUGAUAAUUAAAGGUAUUUUUUACCAAUUUCGGUCUAGAUCAAUUUACUUGGAAGCUUGAUAGUAAGCCUUCGUGCAUAGCUUUGGCUAUUAUAAGGAAAAUACACCAUUCAAGCUCCUACACACAUUUGAAUAUUUAAAUCUAAUUGUGAAACAUUUGAUGAAAAUCAUAGAGACUUAAAGGAACAUAAAAAGGACAUCUUUAACACCAACGAGUCAACCAUCAGCUGUCAGUCAACACUAUCUGGACAAACUUAUUGAAGCUUAGACUGAAUGUUGAACGUGUCAAUAAAUUAGUUUAAAAGUGUCAUCUAAGAUGGCCUGAAAUUGUUCCGUCUGUAACAUGGUUUGCCUUUGUUCCGUCUGUAACAUGGUUUGUGCCUUUGAGACAUUUCUAUUCUCAUCAAUUUUACCCCCCCCCCCCCCAAAAAAAAAAAAAAAAAAAAAAAAAAAAAAAAACUUAACUUGAACAUCCUUCGGAGCCAUUCAAUAUGAACAUAAAAUAAUAUUGACUCUUUACCCUCUACAUUUUACUCUUUACCCUCUACAUUUUGCUGUUUACCCUCUACAUUUUACUCUUUACCCUGUACAUUUUACUCUUUACCCUGUACAUUUUACUCUUUACCCUCUACAUUUUACCCUUUACCCUCUACAUUUUACUCUUUACCCUCUACAUUUUACUCUUUACUCUAUACAUUUUACUCUUUAACCUCUACAUUUUACUUUUUACCCUCUACAUUUUACUCUUUACCCUCUACAUUUUACACUUUAACCUCUAUAGUUUACUCUUUUUUUUUAAAUAAAGCUUUUGGGAUAAGGGAUUAUGACCAAACUUUCCAGAAACCAUAUGCAGGUCGGGGANUAUACAUUUUACUCUUUAACCUCUACAUUUUACUUUUUACCCUCUACAUUUUACUCUUUACCCUCUACAUUUUACACUUUAACCUCUAUAGUUUACUCUUUUUUUUUAAAUAAAGCUUUUGGGAUAAGGGAUUAUGACCAAACUUUCCAGAAACCAUAUGCAGGUCGGGGAGUGGGGGGGGGGGUAACAUCUGUAGAUCGGGGGAGAACCAUCUGCAGGUCGGGGGGUGGGGGUAACAUCUGUAGAUCGAGGGGGGGACCAUCUGUAGGUCGGGGGGGGGGGAACCAUCUGUAGGUCGGGGGGAACCAUCUGUAGGUCGGGGAACCAUCUGUAGGUUGGGGGAACCAUCUGUAAGUCAGGAGAAUUGACCAUGUCAAAUUAUUUGUGAUACAUUAGUUUUUAUCUCGUGGUUGAUCGGCCCACUUACUUACAUACAAACAUCGUCACAACUCAGCUUUAUAUACUAUAUAAUAUAUAUAUAAAUAUAAUACAUGUAUACAUAUAUGCAUGUAUGUACAUAUAUAAUGAAAGGUAGUGUUUAAUUUUCUCAGUACAAAUACUGCAGUGUGCACUUUAACUGGCAAGUAGUCUACACAGGAAAAUGAAAAAUACAUCUCCAAACUAUUAAAAUAUAUUCCAAUUAAUUUAAAUAACUUCUUUUCAAAAUAUAUCAUAUAUGUCAGGAAAUUAAGUCGUACAAUCUUAAGAUUAAUGUUUCUUAACCUAACCACCUACUAAUUAUUUGACUGACACUGACACCCCCUACGAAUUAUUAGACUACAAGAUUAUUUUCUUAAUAAUUCUACAGUUCUACUUGCAAUUCUAUAAAUAUAUUAGAGCCGGCUAAUUAACAAAAAAUUGAAUACAUUUUUAAUUUUGUAGAAGGUGCAAACAAUAAUUCGUAGGGGGUGCGAAACUAGUAUAAUAAUUCGUAAAGGGGUGUGAGACCAGUCAAAUAAUUCGUAGGGGGUGCGAAACUAGUAUAAUAAUUCGUAAAGGGGUGUGAGACAAGUCAAAUAAUUCGUAGGUGGUGCGAAACUAGUAUAAUAAUUCGUAAAGGGGUGUGAGACCAGUCAAAUAAUUAGUAGGUGGUGCGAAACUUGUCCAAUAAUUCGUAGGGGGUGCGAAACUAGUAUAAUAAUUCGUAAAGGGGUGUGAGACCAGUCAAAUAAUUCGUAGGGGGUACGAAACUAGUAUAAUAAUUCGUAAAGGGGUGUGAGACCAGUCAAAUAAUUCGUAGGGGGUGCGAAACUAGUAUAAUAAUUCGUAAAGGGUUGUGAGACAAGUCAAAUAAUUCGUAGGGGGUGCGAAACUAGUAUAAUAAUUCGUAAAGGGGUGUGAGACCAGUCAAAUAAUUAGUAGGUGGUGCGAAACUUGUCCAAUAAUUCGUAGGGGGUGCGAAACUAGUAUAAUAAUUCGUAAAAUGGUGUGAGACCAGUCAAAUAAUUCGUAGGGGGUGCGAAACUAGUAUAAUAAUUCAUAAAAUGGUGUGAGACCAGUCAAAUAAUUCGUAGGGGGUGCGAAACUAGUAUAAUAAUUCGUAAAAUGGUGUGAGACCAGUCAAAUAAUUCGUAGGGGGUGCGAAACUAGUAUAAUAAUUCGUAAAGGGGUGUGAGACCAGUCAAAUAAUUCGUAGGGGGUGCGAAACUAGUAUAAUAAUUCGUAAAGGGGUGUGAGACCAGUCAAAUAAUUAGUAGGUGGUGCGAAACUUGUCCAAUAAUUCGUAGGUAAAGAAUAAAUUAUCUUUUGAUGGUUUACAAGCGUUAAGCAUACACAAAAAAGUCAAUGAUAAAAUAAGUGUUGAGUUUUCUUUAUUAAUUAUUAAUCUAAAUACUAAUCAUGAUCAUGAGAAAACUAUCUGUCUUUAAGAUUAGAAAACUAUCUGCAUUUAAGAUGAGCGAGCUAUCGGUCUUAAAGAUAAGAAAACUAUCUGUCUUUAAGAUCAGGAAACUAUCUACCUUUAAGAUGAGAAAACAAUCUGAAGUUAUUGAAUCAGCUACGUCCUGGAUACAAUAGUUAUAGCUAAAUUUAAAUUAAAUGAGAUUAGUAGGCUGACAUUUGAAUGAAAAUGGAUAAUAUGAGAAAUUACUUAUUUUUUAAAUAUUUUUUUAAACGAGUCACAUUUAUUUAAUUAAUUUUCGGUUGAAAGAGAAAAAAUUGUAUUUGACUUCCACGAUGAUUGUCUUGACUGAAUCAUUGGAUGUUUUUGUGAUAGCCAAGACUCAUGAUUGGGAAGAAAAAUUACAAAUAAAUCAGGGACCAGACAUAUCCUGCUUUAAGAAAGCCCAACCCUAGCACUCGGUGACCCUAGCCCAUAUUGAGAUAAAGCAUGUCCUCUAAUUAAUGGAGACUUUAAGGCAUCAAUGACGUCACCUCCUCCCCUCCACUUUCGAUACCUUUCUUCACUUAAGUCACCCUUCAUAUCUAGUGACCCACUUCAACAUUAAUGACCCACUUCCACAUUAAUGACCCACUUCCACAUUAAUGACCCACUUCCACAUUAAUUACCCACUUCCACAUUAAUGACCCACUUCCACAUUAAUGACCCAUUUCCACAUUAAUGACCCACUUCCACAUUAAUUACCCACUUCCACAUUAAUUACCCACUUCCACACUAAUGACCCACUUCCACAUUAAUGACCCACUUCCACAUUAAUUACCCACUUCCACAUUAAUGACCCACUUCUAUAUUAAAUAAAGCACACACCUUGUCAAUAAUGCCCCACCCCUUUUUUAAACUGACCCACCUCCCCCUUACCCCCAACACUGCUGGUUGAUCCGCUCUGAAAACAGCAGAAGUGAAAGCCGUAAAUCAGGUGUAGUCGGGGCACGUCCAUUAACCUUUGUCGUGGCAGGCGCGGUACAAAGGCUAAUGGUGGCACAACUAUUUACUUUGGGCGUGUGUUCAUGCAUGCUCAAUGCCACCAGGACCACAAAACUCUCUCUUACGUCCCUUCUUUAUCGGCCUACCCCAAACGUGUGUAACAAGGGGAGAGUGAGAAGAAGGAAUGAUAGAGAUGUUAGUUGUAUGAAGGACAAAUGGUAAAUUUGUUAGAUGUAUGAAACAGUGCAAUAUUAAUGUUAUGAAGUUAUUUUGUUCACUUACUACAAAGAUAAACCAAUAAUCCACUAAACCUUAUUUCCUGGAGGCUAAAAAUGAAAUUGGGGGGGUGGGGGGGGGGAGAUUGUGUCAUUUUUUUUUUUCUUUUUUUUUCUUUUUUUGGUUUAGGAAUGGGUGGGGGUGGAUAUGUAGAUUGCAUAAUGAACGGUAAUUUUGUCUAUUUUUCACUACAGAGUAAUCUCCCUUCUUUGAACAAUGCUCAGGUUCGCCUUUGCUUUAUUUUAAUUUCCUUUUUGUCUUCAAGAUUAUAACAUAAAAAAGAUAUAAAAAUUAAUUUUGUUAGCCAUACGAUAAUCAUCUAAAUAACUUCGUAUGUACUGUUAUUCUUAUAAAACUUCGGCAUGUACUGCUAUUCUUAUGAUAACUUCAGGAUGCACUGUUAUUCUUAUGCUAAUUUCAGCAUGUACUGUUAUUCUUAAGACGAGGUAGAGGCCCCAAGACAGAAUAAAAUAAUUUGUUUAAAACUUGGUAGAACUAUCUUUACGAAAUUCUUGAUUUGAACGUGUAAGACCACAGUACCACCCAUGUUAUGUUAUUUAAACUUCUUGAUUUGAACGUGUAAGACCACAGUACCACCCAUGUUAUGUUAUUUAAACUUCUUGAUUUGAACGUGUAAGACCACAGUACCACCCAUGUUAUGUUAUUUAAACUUCUUGAUUGUAACGUGUAAGACCACAGUACCACCCAUGUUAUGUUAUUUAAACUUCUUGAUUGUAACGUGUAAGACCACAGUACCACCCAUGUUAUGUUAUUUAAACUUCUUGAUUUGAACGUGUAAGACCACAGUACCACCCAUUUUAUGUUAUUUAAAAUUGGAAUUCACUUUAAAUAGGAAGGGAACAAAAGAAAACGACAUUAGCCCACUUCAUCAGAGUAGCAGUUAACAAGCUCGCGUUGGAAUGCUGGGAAAGUUAGGGGACAUAACAACGUCGAAACUAACACAACACUUUGGCGGGGUAGAUAACUGAAGGCGACACCGAGCUUUGGCAUUUACGGCGACUUCGAUGAGACGCAAACAUGCAUGGCUGGUUAGGAUGACGCAUGGCCGGUUAGGAUCUGCGCUUGCUUCCUUGUAAUUGUCGUCAUUCUCUUUGAUUAAAGAAUGCACUACAAAUAUGCUGUUUCUGUUUAUUGUUUCUUUUUUAAUGGACUGAUAAAUAGAGCCUCUACAUCGGUGGUUCUCAAAGUGUGCAGUGGUAACUCAGUGGCGUAGCUAGGGGGUACGGGGGUUGCAGACCGCACCGAGUGACACCAUCUUAGGGGUGACAUCAUCUCAGUCGGUAACAUCAUCUAAGUGUGUGACACCAUCUCAGUGUGUGACACCAUCUCAGUGGGUGACAUCAUCUUAGGGGUGACACUAUCUCAGUGGGUGACAUCAUCUCAGUGGGUGACACCAUCUUAGGGGUGACAUCAUCUCAGUGGGUGACACUAUCUUAGUGGGUGACACCAUCUCAGUGGGUGACACCAUCUCAGUGGGCGACACCAUCUCAGUGGGUGACAUCAUCUCAGUGGGUGACAUCAUCUCAGUGGGUGACACCAUCUCAGUGGGUGACAUCAUCUCAGUGGGUGACACCAUCUUAGGGGUGACAUCAUCUGAGUGGGUGACAAAAACACUAGCAUUGUUCAGACCACACACGCCGCUGGGCCCAAACCGAGUUUCAUAAACGGAUAACCGAUGACACGUAAAUUUUCAACGGUUACCGGAAAUUUCUUUGAAAGAAAUUUUGUCGACGGAAAAUUGAUCGACGGAAAUUUGAUUGAACGGAAAUUUGGUCGAAUUUUUUUUCAGUCCACACGAUCAAAUGUUUGUCAAAUUUCUUUUUGAACACACUAUACUAUACAGUAAAACAAAAAAAUGCGUUCAUAAAGAAAUUUGACACAAAAGUAGAUCGUGUGAACUGAAAAAAACAUUCGAUCAAACUUCCGUCAAUCAAUUUUCUUUCAAACAAAUUUCCGAAUACGAUUUCCAAGCCAUGUAACCGAUCCGAAUGCGUGCUUUAUUAAAUUUCAAGGUUGAUAGGUCAGAAAUGAUGUGACCCUAUAAUUAGGUCAGAAAUGAUGUGACCCUAUAAUUAGGUCAGAAAUGAUGUGACCCUAUAAUUAGGUCAGAAAUGAUGUGACCCUAUAAUUAGGUCAGAAAUGAUGUGACCCUAUAAUUAGGUCAGAAAUGAUGUGACCCUAUAAUUAGGUCAGAAAUGAUGUGACCCUAUAAUUAGGUCAGAAAUGAUGUGACCCUAUAAUUAGGUCAGAAAUGAUGUGACCCUAUAAUUAGGUCAGAAAUGAUGUGACCCUAUAAUUAGGUCAGAAAUGAUGUGACCCUAUAAUUAGGUCAGAAAUGAUGUGACCCUAUAAUUAGGUCAGAAAUGAUGUGACCCUAUAAUUAGGUCAGAAAUGAUGUGACCCUAUAAUUAGGUCAGAAAUGAUGUGACCCUAUAAUUAGGUCAGAAAUGAUGUGACCCUAUAAUUAGGUCAGNGGGGGGGGGGGGGGGGGGGGGCUGACACCAUGAGUUUACCGCACCGGGUGACACAAACACUAGCUACGCCACUGGUACCACCCAAUGGGGCAGUGAAAGGACUGUGGGAUUUUAAGGGGAUGAUAGGACGCUCAAAGAGGUCGCUGUGGAAUUAUAUAGGAAAUAUUUUUAUGAAUUAAAAUCACGCCGAGAUGUUUAAAGGAUAAAAUAAAUGCUAAUUUGAUCGUUGUCAAAUAAGUAUCCAGGAUAUACGUCACUGUUAUGUAGAGCUUGUUUACAACACUUUUUCCCCGUGCGUGAACUUUCUUUGACCUCGCAUUAGACUCCUAGCAGACAGUAACGUUUGCUGUGGGCGUGGUUAAAUCUCUUUGAUGUAUCUUGUUUACUACCAGCUUCCAUUUAAACAUGGUUAGUAUGUCUACUAGUAUCUUGUCAAAGGUUCUCGAUUGUGUUAGAAAACUGAGGGAUUUUCUAGACGCGUCGGUAGACCCGAAUAUCUAGGGGAUUGACAGGUACAGAGGAACGGAGAUUGAUAGAUAUUUUACCUUCACGAGACGUAUAUUAUUCUUUGUGUACUUAUGUGUUUAUUCGCAUUGAUCAUUCAUCAUUAUUCAUUGGCACAUUGAACUAACUAUGUUGACUGUGUACCGGUACAAAAUCUACUAUACUGUAAGUUGAUGAUUUGUAAUGAUAUUUCUUUUGUUUUGUAAUUGUAUUAAUUACUAAAUUGAAUCUUAUUAAUUGUGAUUGGCAACUGAUUUUGCGUGUCGUAUCUUUAUUAUUGUAUUUAUCUAUGGUAUCGUCCUUUGUUGGGCACUGUUUGAACUAGCCAUAAAUUUAAAAUAGGAGAUUCAUUUCUCACAAUAGAAGGCAGUGCGUAGCAAUCACAACAUCUUUUUUGUUCAUACAACAAAGAAUGAAAAGGUCUUUGAUACAACUACCAAACAACUCCAAAACAUUUUAUGGCUAGGCAUAAUGAGUUGUCAAAACAUAUUAAUUAUUAAUUAACGUUUGUUGUUUCAAUUCUUCCAACAAAAAAACUAGUGGCGUGCGCGCAUUGUUGAUCUAACAUUGAAUUGUUGCAUUAUUGAUUUAACAUUGAAUUGUUGCAUUGUUGAUCUGACAUUGAAUUGUUGCAUUGUUGAUCUAACAUUGAAUUGUUGCAUUGUUGAUCUAACAUUGAAUUGUUGAUCUAACAUUGAAUUGUUGCAUUGUUGAUCUAAAAUUGAAUUGUGCAUUGUUGAUCUAAAAUUGAAUUGUUGCAUUGUUGAUCUGACAUUGAAUUGUUGCAUUGUUGAUCUAACAUUGAAUUGUUGCAUUGUUGAUCUAACAUUGAAUUGUUGAUCUAACAUUGAAUUGUUGCAUUGUUGAUCUAAAAUUGAAUUGUGCAUUGUUGAUCUAAAAUUGAAUUGUUGCAUUGUUGAUCUAAAAUUUAAUUGUUGCAUUGUUGAUCUAACAUUGAAUUGUUGCAUUGUUGAUCGAACAUUGAAUUGUUGCAUUGUUGAUCUAACAUGGAACUGUUGCAUUGUUGAUCUACCAUGUAAUUGUUACAUUGUUGAUCUAACAUUGAAUUGUUGCAUUGUUGAUCUAACAUUGAAUUGUUGCAUUGUUGAUCUAACAUUGAAUUGUUGCAUUGUUGAUCUAACAUGGAAUUGUUGCAUUGUUGAUCUAACAUUGAAUUGUUACAUUGUUGAUCUAACAUUGAAUUGUUGCAUUGUUGAUAUAAUAUUGAAUUGUUGCAUUGUUGAUCUAAUAUUGAAUUGUUGCAUUGUUGAUCUAAUAUUGUAUUGUUGCAUUGUUGAUCUAACAUUGAAUUGUUGCAUUGUUGAUCUAACAUUGAAUUGUUGCAUUGUUGAUCUAACAUUAAAUUGAUUGAUUGCGUAAUCUGAAAAGUCGCAAACUAUUGGUUCUAAAAUCAUUUUAUCAACUAUUGCUGGUGUUCACAUUUCAAAGGCACAAAGCUGAGAGCAUGGAAGAUAGGAUGUAUAGCUGUAUGGCUGCAGGGAUGUAUAGCUGUAAGGCUGCAGGGAUGUAUAGCUGUAUGUACAAAGGUUGGCCAUGUCUGUAGAGCAUGCAGUGGUUAGCCAUGUCUGUAGAGGAUGUAGUGGUUGGCCAUGUCUGUAGAGGAUGUAGAAGUUGGUGAUACAUGUGGAACAUGCAGUAGUUGGCCAUGUCUGUAGACCAUGCAGUGAUUGGCCAUGUCUGCGGGGGGGGGGGGCGUGCAGUGUUUUGUUGUUUUUUUUUUUAAAGGAGAUUACUUAAAAUGCCUAGCAGCAGAAAGUCUUGUAAGGAUGUAGUCCAUUUUUACUGGAAGCCUUCUCGUAUUAAAAUCAUAAAGUACAUCUCUAUUUACUCAGCAACAAAAAGACAUUAAAAUUGACGUAGCGUUCUGGGAGGACACCAAUUGUGGAUGACUUUACAACACCAAUUGUGGAUGACUUUAUAACACCAAUUGUGGAUGACUUUACAACACCAAUUGUGGACUUUACAACACCAAUUGUGGAUGACUUUACAACACCAAUUGUGGAUGACUUUACAAAUAAAUACAAAUAAAAGAAUACUUUAAAAAAACUCCCACUUUCCCCACCCCUUUUUGCCUCUUGACACUUUGUGUUAUAAAAGUAGGUUUUUGGCAAAGAACUAUUAUCUGCCAUUUUACCAACUUGCCCCCACAAGGCACAUCGGUCCGAGUGGAACAUUUAUCACACAUAAUGGUUCAAGGAGGUUAGGUAUUCAGUCACGUGUAGUUUUGAUAGAAUGGUCCGUGACGUGAACACUUAAAUCCUGAUGCCAAAUCAGACAAAUGGAAAAUAUUAUUCGUGUUUUUUUUAUAUCUUUAAAUAUUAUUCAUUGUGAUCAAAGGAUGUACAAGAUAGAGGGAUGAAUUUCCUCUGAGUAUAAUGAGAGGACAUUUUCCAUGACCCCCCUCCCCCAAAUCUAAAUAUUUAUAAAAAGUCAUCAUAUUAAUAAACGUAUGUAUUUAUAUUUUUUAUUUUUUAAUCGUGCGUGUUAUCCCCCUUGGAUUUCCUGUUAUAAUUUUUAAAUAGCAGAAGAUAACUUGGAUCAAAUACAUUCGAAUCUUUACAAUCAAAAUGACAUUUUUAUUUAUUUUCUUGAAAAACCACACGAAAAACGUUGAAUUAUUAUUAUUAUUAUUAUUAUUAUUAUUAUUAUUAUUAAAAUUUAACAAUCAAGAAAAUAUUAUUUAAGAACUUCAAUAGGUGUGGGGUUUUCUGUUUAAUUUCUGAAUUUCCAACUUUCAUGUACAACUUUCAUGUAGAAAUUUCAUGUACAACUUUCAUGCACAAAUUUCAUGUACAAAUUUCAUAUACAAAUUUCAAGUACAACUUUCAUUUACAACUGUCAUAUACACCUUUCAUAUAGAACUUUCACGUACAACUUUCAUGAACAACUUUCAAAAACAACUUUCAUAUACAAAUUUCACGUACAACUUUCAUGUACAACUUUCAUAUACAACUUUUAUGUACACAAUUCAUGUACAACUUUCAUCAAUCGCCAUCUGAAAUAUUGAUUACAUUCAGAUCGGAAGGGUAAAUGCAGAAUGAAAGAAAACUUAAUAUUUAAAAAGGUUUUUUUUCCACAGAAAUAUAAUAAGUACGAUGACCUUGCUUAGUUCAAUUUCCAAGGUCAUUAUUUUUAGCUACAACUCUGGAUAAGUUUAAAAAUAACAUUAGGCAAUUUUUUUUAAAAAAGGGUAUAUAUGAAGCAGCUGAAACUAUGGUCGCGAACAAGAUCAAACAUAAAUAAGACAGAUAAAUAAAUCAGACAAAUAAAAUAUUUAUAAUCUAGUUUUAAUGAUGUGUUGAUAUGUUAUCAUCCACAGGAAAGAGGUGGAAAAGUUUGAGACCAGAUCAGAAGCAGCCGUUCGUGGACGAGGCGGAGAGAAUCCGGGUGCAGCACACACAAGAUUAUCCGGACUACAAGUACAGGCCAAGGCGGAGGAAACUGACCAAAAGAAGUGGCGUCAGAGGCGGUGACUCACCCACUCCGAGCCCACCGGAUUCUACGUCACGGAGUGAACUGUCCUCGCCGGAGACAAUAUCGGCAUCUUUCGUUAAACAGUCGGCCCCUCUGUCGAUGAUGUCAGAUGCUCAGGGUCAAGGGCGGUGCUCGGCAUAUCCCGGUGAAAAUAUUGAGUCCACGCUGCAACUCGAGUUCGGGCCGUUCAGUCAACACGGUGCGGCUCAGAGCAGAACGAGAGACUUUAUCGGCUUCUAUACAGGCAAGCCUCACUUUGUGCGCAUGUCUGGGGUGCCUGAAAACAUGGAGUUUGGUGGAAACCAGACUUUCUUUAACGCCAAAAGCGCUUCUUACUCCAACCUUCUCCGUAGAAUAUCCGCUGAGGUCGGUGACGGAACCGCCUCCAAUUCUUCUUUGAACAGCACGAAUGGGAUGAAUUCAACAAGAUCACCGCCUGAAUAUGACAGACAUCAGUCUUUUCAUCGAACCGAGUCUUCGGCCCUCCUCACGACGACCUUUCGGCAGGAGGAGUUCUCUUAUGAAAUGUCGGGUCAGACUUUGCAAACUAAAAAUGAAUCAUUCCAAAUGUUUGGCUCCAGAGAUUCAUUUCUGGAGAGUGGACCCAAAGAAACAAAGACUUCAAGACCCGAAGACUCCAAAAUGACAGAUUCAUUCGACGAUGUUAGGCAAAAUCACAACGGUUUUAGUUUUGAUCCUGCAGAAACUUAUUCUGAUAAACUAGACAACAGAUCAGCCUCACAAGCAGAAGCGCUGACCUGCGCAGAUAUCUACGAACUCGAUCAAUUCCUGGAAAAAACUUUCAACGCCGAUCUAUACCCCAGCUCUGAUGGUGGGCAUCUCUAUCCCAGCUCUGAUGGCGGGCAUCUCUAUCCCAGCUCUGAUGGUGGGCAUCUCUAUCCCAGUGCUUAUGGUGGGCAUCUCUAUCCCAGUGCUGGUGGCGGGCUUUAUGCAAGCCCCAAUUCUGAAUCGCCGACCUCAUAUCAUGAGAGAGAUCGCCAAGCUUCACAGAAAACUGUGAAAGAAGAGUUUGAAAGCUCGUCUUCAGAAGCGAACCUUUCAUCGCCUGAACUCGCGAACCUUUCAUCGCCUGAACUCGUCCGGUCUGCAGAAACACCGGACACGGCAACAGUUUUGGAAUACGGAUUAGCACUUGACGCUAAAUACCGCAACGAAUGCAGCUCGACGCUAUAUCCCUCAAGUACCGGAUACCGUACUUGCGAAUAUCAAAACGAUGUUACAGACGGUUGUGAAAUCUUUGAAGAGGUGGGGAGCACCUACAUACGUCAUUUUAAUAGUUUUACAAGACAGGAGAGUAGACAGACGUCAGUCUGUAGCGAGUUGUCCGACUUGUCUAACGCUAGUGACUUUUCAGAGUCUGAUUAUCAAAGGCGUCGCCCUCCUUAUUUCAGACAGGCUCCGGUUAUUGAAUGUGACCAAGACGCCGUGUUUGAAAGCAGGUCACGUCUGCACACACCGGAAGUAAUGGUUGCCAAUUACUCGAAUGAAACAAAGCAACAAGUUUCAACAAACUUUUUCGACACCCCGAGUCUAGUCACGCCUGAGUUGAGCCACUUCAACACUCCGUCCAUACUAAACAUAAACAAACCUCGGUCAUUUCAACGUGAACAACGUGGCAGUCAACAGUGUGGAAGUUCUGAACAUUUGAAUUUGGAGCGACAGCCCUACGGCUCAAACUUCCAGUAUUUCAUGUCUACAGAGGAGAACCCAUUUUAUUACUGUAAGGGUAAUAAGUUAGCCGUUCCUUCAGAUAUGGUUACAGAUCAACACAUUUCUACGCACGGUAACUGUGAACAUUAUACCGGAAGCAACUCAGCGUCAGCUCGAGGCGCAUGCGCCUCCCAAGAGUUUGGCCCUUGUCAAGAGGCAAGUCCUGGUGUAUCGUGCAUAACGGAUGUCAGCGUUUCUUCCGUGGAGUACAGACAAGUUGUACCCCUCUACGAGUCCGACUCCCCGUCGGAUGACGGCAGACGGUCUCACGACAGCAGUAUUGGGGGCUCGUGUGUUGAUCUAUCGCUAGGAGAUGCCCCGGAUCUAGUUUAUUAUAAGGCCAAAGGUCGCGGUGAUCCUGACCAUCGUGAUGAAACGUCACUAUUGAUUUCUGCUCUGACCCAGAAGACGAUGCUUUGAUUGAUGUUUGUGGGCUGAUGUGGCAGAUGAGAGUUACAAAAUAUGUUGCUGUUGUUUUUUGUUGAUUUUUUUUACAUAAAAAAAAGAAAUAAUUACGGCAAACGUUACAGAAAGGGGCUUGUUUCAAAGGAUUCAGAUAAAAAAAUAUUUAUUAUGGAUUAAAUUUUAUGCUCUGUCAUUUUUAAUAACUUGCGUCAUGAUGAAAGACGUACAUAGUCUUAGUUAAAAUUAGUCGUAGUAUAGUUUAACAUAAUCAUAGUUUAACACAUUCAUAGUUUUCAGUGAAAUGUAGGCCCUAUAUUUUAAAAAAAUACUUUAAAAGCUCCAAAAGAAACAUUCACAGUAGAUGGUUCCUCAUAAUCCUGUUUUAUAUGUCUUUGUUUCUCAUAGCAAAAGGUUUAAUUUCAUCUCUAAUAUGUUUAUUGUUUUAUAACUGUACAAACUUCAAUAAAUUACCAGAGUGUUGUUCAAAAAUUUGUAUAUAUAUAUAUAUAAAGAGAUGUGAGUGCCGCCUUUAACCGCCUAACUUGUCAUGCCAUUAUUUUUAAAAAAAACUAAUUGAUUUCAUACAAAUACAAGUUGAUUUAUCCAACACCUAACACCUCCCCAACUCCCAUCACAUGGUUGCGAUCCACAACUACGAACUCUAUAUGAGCUUCAGUUGUGGCACAAGGAACUCUUCUAUUGUUCAGGUGUCGUUAGUUUGUACGGCUUGUAAGCACAUGUGUUUCCUACAGAUGUUGUUUGGCUUGUAAGCACAUUAUGUGUUUCCUACAAAUGUCAUCAUUAUUUUAUCUUGUAACAUCAAAUAUAUUUUUUAAUUAAAAACUUAACAUUUGAAAUGGGAAAGUAUAUAAAUAAGUAUAAAGUAUAUAUAAAAAAAGAUUCCUUAUAGACUUGAAAAUAAAGAGGGAAAAAAAGCGUUGGAAUUAUGUAUAUUUCUUCUUUAGUUUUGACUCAAUAAUUCUAUAAUUUAUAAUAACAUUAUCAAUACCACCCCACCCCCCAAAUCCAAUUGUUAAUUAAUUUUUUUUCUUCAAUAAAUCUUUUUCUCUCAUCUGGAUUAUACUUGUUUUAGUAUUAUUAUUAUUAUGAUGUUGUAUUCCUUGCUUGUCAAACAUGCCACAUGUGCUGUAUCAAAGUAAUAGUAGAUAUCUUACUGUAAUUACUAUUUAAAUGUUAAUCGCGUCUAUUAUGUGUAAAACAAAUAGUAUGCUGUGCAUGAAUGAUUUCCCUAUGCUAUCUUUGCCUUGAUUCUUUUGGUUUUUUUUCAUUUAUAAAAAAUAUAUUUCAAAGCAUGUUUACCAUUAAAUCACUCAAUGAUAAUACAUUUCAUAUGGUUUUUUUACACAUCCCAUACAUAAUGAUGCCAUUAUAUGUUGAUUUUGUUGCACUCCACCUCCCUAUCCCAGGGCAAAGCUAUAUUUUCACACAUGUAAACUAAAAUUGUGCAAACAGUAAACUAAAGUUGUGUUAAUAGUAAACUAAAGUUGUGCUAGCAGUAAAAAAACAAAAAAAAAAACUAUGCCAUCAGAAUGUCUAAUUCCUUCCCCCACUUGGUUAUUCAUUGAAAUAAUUGCCUUGUACUUGUAGUUUUGUUG